AUGGCACCUUUUGACCUUGACGCGUGUAUCCAGCAAUUACUCCGCAAACAACUUCUACAUGAAGCACUUUUACGCGAAAUUUGCGAGAAGACGAAGGAGGUCCUCAUGAGGGAGUCCAAUGUUGUCCAUGUUAGCGCACCAGUGACGGUUGUUGGUGAUAUACACGGUCAGUUCUACGAUCUUAUAGAAAUAUUUCGCAUAGGAGGAUACGCACCGAAUACAAACUACCUCUUUCUUGGCGAUUACGUGGACAGAGGGCUCUUUAGCGUCGAAACCAUCUCUCUCUUGACGUGUUUGAAACUACGGUACCCGGACAGAGUACAACUCAUAAGAGGGAACCACGAGUCUAGAGCUGUUACCCAAACAUAUGGAUUCUACACAGAAUGUGUUAGGAAAUACGGCUCCUCCCACGUCUGGACAUAUUUCACAGAUAUGUUCGACUUUCUAACUCUUUCAGUGGUCAUCGAUGACCGAAUAUUUUGCGUGCAUGGAGGACUGUCACCUUCAAUACACUCCAUUGAUCAAAUCAAGGUAGUUGAUCGAUUCCGAGAAAUCCCGCACGAAGGACCAAUGGCAGACCUCGUUUGGUCAGAUCCUGACCCCGAGAAGGAGGAUUUUGCAAUUUCACCUCGUGGAGCAGGGUAUACUUUUGGUUCUGGGGUGGUGCACAAAUUCCUUGAUCAAAACAGGAUGUCACAUAUCCUUCGUGCUCACCAGCUCUGCAUGGAAGGAUAUGCAUCCUUGUUCGACAAGCAUCUGUCAACCGUCUGGUCGGCUCCGAAUUACUGCUAUCGAUGCGGAAACUCUGCUAGCAUUCUUGAAGUCGGACCGGGAGGAUCAAUGUACUUUAAUGUAUUCGAUGCAGCUCCGGAAAAUGAGAGGGAUGGACCAAGCCAACAAGCCGCUCAAAACGCAAGCGGAAGGGUGCGUCUUCUCAUACCCGAUCAUUGCUCCGAUAGAUUUGAAUGGAGUUUCAUUAAUGGCAGCUACCAGAAUACUUCUUGUAGACUUCCAAUUCCUGGCCGUGAAUGUAUGGGUUUAACAGAUGCGUCUCCAGUAAUUGUACUUGCUAUUGUUAUUCGCUGUGUAAGCCUCUGA